GACAGUCCAAUCGGUGUAAAACGCACUUGGCUCCAAAAAAGCCCCUUUUUCUUCAGUUUUGGUGACGUCAUUUGUCAGCUAUGAAGCUAUUUCCUGGGCAAAGAUAAUGUCGAAAAGCUCCUUAACUAAUUCUUUGGCUUUCUUCCCUCCUUUACCCUCUCACAAAAUCGUAACACCGACGCCAAAAUAAAACUUAAAGCACAGGUUCGAUUGCUAGGCUAUGCCCACCAAGCGUCCACGAUUGGGUGCUGUUGACAGUGGCCUAAUCACCGAUGUUUAAAGUUUUAGAAUAAGUUUGGCUGCGUUUUUUUAAUCAAGAGAAGGAAGGAGUAGGAGGAUGACUUUGACUUCGGCUGUUGUCCGUCAGACGAAGAGGGCGGAGCCAGCCAGAGGCUGGUUCUUCUGAGUUUGUCAGUUCCCCCCUAAAAAUAGAAGCCGUGUACCAGUGUGAGUGAAGAGUACGUUUAUGUCACACUAUCUAUUGGAGUCAUUGAUACAGAAUAUCUAUAUCCAGCAACGGACGGAGAAGAAAAAGGUUUUUCCCAGGGAUCUGGGGUGGUUGAGAAGCUGAAGACAGAGAGAAGAAGCUGAGAGCCAGAGGACUCUGAGGGGCUGGAUAAAGCAGAUCCAGCUGUGUGGAGAGAACUGCUCUGACAGCUGUGACGUGGAACAGACCGGACAGAGAGAGAGAAAAGAGCCCGAGAGCGCGUAUGAUGUGCUAGGGGAUCGAAGUGGACAAGCUUGGGAGUUUUUCUGAUAUUGUUUUGGGUGUCAGAGAGACGGCGGGAAGAAAGAAAGGAGAGGCAAAAUGGGACGGAAGAAGAUACAGAUCACCAGGAUCAUGGACGAGAGGAACAGGCAGGUUACCUUCACGAAGAGGAAGUUUGGCCUAAUGAAGAAAGCGUAUGAGUUGAGCGUGCUCUGCGACUGCGAAAUAGCGCUGAUCAUCUUCAACAGCUCAAACAAACUGUUUCAGUACGCCAGCACAGACAUGGACAAGGUCCUGCUCAAAUACACAGAGUACAACGAGCCCCACGAGAGCAGAACCAACUCGGACAUCGUGGAGGCGCUAAACAAGAAGGAGCACAGAGGCUGCGAUAGCCCGGACCCUGACUCCUCCUAUGUCCUCACCCCCCACACAGAAGAGAAAUAUAAAAAAAUUAAUGAGGAGUUUGAUAAUAUGAUGAGAAAUCAUAAAAUCCCCAACACGUUGCCGCAGCAGAACUUCUCCAUGCACGUGGCGGUGCCCAUAACCAACCCCAGCGCCCUGUCCUACAACCUGCCCAGCUCCAUGGGCUCCCAGACGCUGGCCGGCACGUCACUAAGCGAUGGGGGCCUGCUCUCCCCUCCCCUGGGCCCCUUGCACAGGAAUGUGGGGUCCCCUGGGGGCCCCCAGAACUCCCCAGGCACUGGAAGCACAGGCAAUGGCUUCAUAAACCCGCGCGGUUCCCCAGGGCUCCUGGGCAUACACAGCGGGAACGGGCUGGGGAAAGGGAUCCCCAACAAGUCCCCACCGCCCCCCGGGGGGGGCCUGGGAGUCGGCAGCCGCAAGCCUGACCUGAGGGUGGUCAUUCCUCCGUCCAGCAAGGGCAUGAUGCCCCCUCUAUCAGAGGAGGAGGAGAUGGAACUGAAUGCCCAGAGGAUAAGCAGCUCCCAGUCCCAGUCCUUGGCCACGCCUGUGGUUUCGGUGACCACGCCCAGCCUGCCACCUCAAGGCCUGGUAUACUCAGCCAUGCCCACUCCCUAUAACACCGAUUACUCCCUGAACAGUGCGGAUCUGUCCUCCAUCCAAGGCUUCAACUCUCCCGGCGGUCUCUCUCUGGGCAUGUCGGCAUGGCAACAGCACCAGCUGGGGCAACUUGUAGGCGGUGGCCACUUACCUCAGGGUUCCAGUCUCUCCAUAAACACCAAUCAGAACAUCAGCAUUAAGUCGGAGCCCAUCUCCCCGCCGCGCGAGCGGGUCACGCCCGCCGGCUUCCUGCACCAGCAGGCCCAGCCCCCUCAGUCCUCCUCCUCCUCCGCCCUGCCGUCUCGGCAGGAAGUGGGCCGCUCGCCCGCGGACAGCCUGAGCUCGUCCUGCAGCUCGUACGACGGCAGCGACCGCGAGGACCCCCGCGCCGAUUUCCACUCCCCGCUCAGGCUGGGCCAGCCGGCAGGGGGCGGCGCGGAGGACCGAGAGAGCCCGUCCGUCAAACGCAUGCGCAUGGACGCCUGGGUCACAUAGGCCCGCCUGUCGCCUGUCACCUGUCACAAGCUCGUCCUAUCAGCAGAGGGAAGAAGUGGGGUGGGGUCUAAGGGGGGCAGGAGCAUCUAGAUCUCAUUAUUAUUAUUAUAUUAUUAUUAUUACUAUUAUUAUUUAACUUUAUUUCAUUAUGUAAGUAGCAAGAAUGGCAGAAGAAGACUAAAGCCUAUCUAAAUUACAUAUAUUUCACAAGUAGAAACCAGAACUAAGAAACGGUCAAACAAACAAAAGUAAUAGGACUGAAUUAUGUUUUUCGGAACAAAUGUUAUGAGGUACUGAGAUACAAACUGUUCAGGUUUGCAACAAUCUGGUGUAUGUUUAAAAAGUAAAUUCAUGAACGCACUCACACGCCAAGCAAUAUGGGUUAUUUUAGUCACUGGUCCAGUCUGGCAUUUACGCUUAUAUUUGCUUCUUUUUUUCCCGUACGCACAUUUCGGACAGAGCAAGUGAAGGUUUAUUCUCCACUGCAGUGUAGAAGCUUGUGGUGCUCAACACACAAAGUUUCAUAAAUUAUUUUCUUAAAAGCAAGUUUUUUUAGAGUACAGUUUAAGCAAUUCUGUAAGCCUAGGCUCCUUCUGUUAUAUCCUGUGUGUGAUUUGGGGGGUCCUUUGAUGAGAACCGGGGGGGUCCACAGCAUUACAAAUUCUGAGAAUAAGUCCACAUGGGCGUUUCAUCUUUUGCUUGAAAGAAAAAUACAUUCAGUUUUCUGUCCUGGGCGCAAGAGAUGAAGGCAUGAAACAUGAAGUAAAUUGAAUUAAAAAUACACAUUAAUAUUCAAUUGAAAAAAAGUAUGUAUAUUUAAUUUAUAUAAUUGGAGAUAUUAGUGAGUUAUUCUGUACUCAAAAUAUACCAGUAAUUUCUCUUUGCUGCGGAUAUAUAUUUUUUGUAAUAAAUGAAAAUGUUCACCUAUUUGAACUGUUAUUAUGUGAAGGCCAAGAAUCUAACAUUAGAUCAACAGUUCCUCUUAUUGGAAGCCAAAGCUGUAUGUUCAAUAUUUGUUCUGAAAUUAUGGGUUUUUCUCAUUUCUUUUUGAAAGUUUGUUUUAUUUAAAAUUUUAGGUUAAGUUUUUUUCGUUAAAUUUUUACUUUGCUUUAUCACAAACAAUAAAAUCACAUGCAAGCAUUGAAACAGUACCUAAAGCCAUGAACAGGAGUCCUUCUGUUUGUAAAUUAAAAUUUGAGCCAAAUUUUCUUUUCUGUUUUGUACAUAGCAACUUUAAUAUAUUAUAAAUAUAUAUAUAUAUAUCACCUUUGGUGUAAGUACGUAUGUAUUGUACCUUGCACCAGAUAAAAAGAAACAAAGUAUAUUUUUGUGGAUUAACCGCCAAGUUUAAAAGGCAAAGUCCUUCCUUAAAGUAGAGUAUUCACUGGUCAAUAUGGACUAUUUUGUUAAAUAUGCUGUACUUUCUUCGAAAUGGAAUAACUAUGGUUAGAUAUUUCAGAGGAUAGCGUCUGGGUCGUCCUCCCUUUAACGGUAGUACAUUUGUGUCCUUAUUAUACCAUAAUAGAGGUGCUGUUAAGCUUCCCUGUAUAUUUCUGUAAAGAGAGAGCUGUAAUGCUUUGCAAAAUACGGCGCCGUUUGGAACAGGAACUCUUUCUCUGAGGACCCAUGGCUGCUGAUGGCACUGCCAUCAUUAAAACCAGAGGCCACACAUCAUUUAACGCACACACAGACACACACACCCGUUCACAAACAUGCAUCAGAUACCUCAGUCCAAUGGAAUUCAAAGCCAGUAAUGUGCAUCCUAGUUGUUUGAAGACGCGCGAGCCAAAAAAGUCUGAAAGACUAUUUCAGAAAUGUUGUUGCGUAUGAAAGCGAGUCUAGAGAGUGCUAAGCUUUCCCAGCUUUGAAAACUGGAUGGAUGUAGAUUUCGACAGUGGAACAGGUUGAACCUUUCUCAGAACGGACAGAACUGGCGGAAAACAGUUUUAACACUGGAAACCGAACAGCGGUCCCUGUUAAUACUCUGCAGAGUUCAGCUGCACACAUUUAAUAUCAACCCACGCCUAGCCCCACAGGGAAGCAUGCCCUUACAUGUGCUUUGCAUUUUUGGGUCAUUUGGGCAGGUAUGACCCAACAAUGCUUGAUCUCGAUUCAGCAGUGGAGUCAGAGGGCUUAGUAGCUGAACAGAAAAAAAAGAAAAGAACGUUCCAGACUGUUGUGAUUUCUCGGCUAGGCUGCACACAGUGCUCAGUCGUAACAGGAAUGCGACCGCAUUGGAAACAUUCCCGCUUCGCGUUUGCUGCCUGUUUGCCUUUCCGGUCUCCUGUGUUGUAGGCAUGGCUUACCUCCGUCCCUGAAGCCAGUGUGGCCGUGAGAGAUCUACGCAGUUUCAGCCUGUCCACGCCACAGAGAGCAGCAGCCAAGGUUAACGCUUGAGCCGCUGAGCGCUGUGUGCUUACGUAGGCCCGAGACAUACCCUACAGCAACUGCCAUUGCCAGGCUGACGCAUUGCCAAAGCAAGGCCCAGCUGUACAUCGGAGUUAAACCCCAGUGAUCCAGGAUAGUUGUGAAAGACUGAGUGGAAGAAAGCCCAAAUGGAGGAAGACUGCUUCCUAUUGUUGCGUUGCGUUAAGAUUUUCAGGUGACAGACUUUAGAAGGCGUCGACACACGAUGUUGACUCUGCGUGGCUGGAAGCUUGGGCGUUGGCGUACUUGCGUAGGGCACGUUUCAGCCUAACUUAGGAGCCGCUGCACAGCGUGCUCGCAUACUUAUGCCUGCUCUUACUCACGUACCCUGUUUUUAAAUGGCCGACCCGGUUUGUGACACAUUCUGAUUAUGACUGUCCCAUUAGCCUCAGCCCCCUUCUGCUCCAUGACCCUGAACUCACAGAAGAGCAAUGUCCUGCACAUGUGUACAGACACACACACACACACACACACACACACAGAGGCAUGCACACACACACACACACAAGCACACACACCUGCCCUCUGUUUCUGACUGUUAGCUCAGAGCAUUUACACCUGGAUUGCACCAGCAUGUAAAUAGUCACACAUUGUAUAAUUCUGUUGGCCGUCUGUUCAUUGAUAAAUAGGCUAAUUCAGGGCAUUGUGUUUGGCACUUCUUCCCAAAUGGUUCUAAAAUAAAUUCAAUCACAAAUCAUAUCAUUUCAGCGAAGAGCUAAAAAAUGAGUGACAAUAAAUAAUUUCAUAAUUACAAUAGUAUUCAUAAAAUAUAAAAAAUGGUGACAGCAGCAAUGCAGGCAGAACAGGAUAAUGUCUCAAUUUGGAAUCGAGGACUUAUUUUUCAUCCUGUUAUAUGUACAAUUCAAUAAAAUAACCUUGUUCCAAAGAGUUGGUAUAUUCUUGUUUCAGGACAAAUCAAGCACCUUUAGAUAACCCUAUGACCCAGAUCUAACCAAUGAAAUCCAUUCUCUACCAAUCCCCUGUGUUGUCUCUACUAUGUGGUGUGCACACAAGAAAUACAUAGUGAAUAUAACAGAAAUAUGUAGACUGAUAGACUUCUGGGGUUUUGUGCUGUUUCUGAGAACCGAACAUAGAUACAUUUGUUUGAAUGAAAGAAAGGAAUAUAAGGAAACAAACAGGAAAAAAUACCUUUGUAGAAAAAAAAAAAACUUACUCACUUUGCUGUGCAGGAGUACACUGCUUUGCGUUAUGGCUUUUAUAAACAGAACUAUGUGUUUGGUAAUUGUUAGUAGUUAAUCGUUCACUCGAGAAGCUGUUUGCGGUUUGGAAACUCAAACCGUUUGGCGGCACAAGCUGGACUUUGUUGCCAUGGAGAUGAAACAAAACGUUUCAGAAAUCAAGAAAUAAUUUUAAAUUAAUCUGCGUUUUGUUUCCUUGAAUGUGUUGUUUUAUCUUCAUUAUUCAAUAAAUAUAAUAGUGAACUUUUUAUUGAAUGACUUUAAGAAAUAUGCUAGAGAUUGUUGUACAAAUUUGUAUUCUGCAUUCACAAGUAAAGAUAUUGGCUUUUACUGUG